AUGAAACCCAAUGAAGACCAAAAUGAACAACCAAAUAAGAAGGGAGUUAAGAGUGAAAUUGUUGUAAAACGGUGUAAAUUUGAUACUGAAGCCAAUAAAUACUAUGUGGUAAGGAAUAAUGUAUUACAGGAAGUGAAUUCUAAGGAGUUCAAAGCUGAAACAGAGGCUUGCAAUGACAAUCUUGUUGCAUUGGAACGUGCAUAUGAUCACGAGAAAUACGAACUGGAGAAUGGUGGGUGUAUUUCUUCCUUCUUUUGUUGUAAAUAA